UGUGCGACGCCAUUGUCGUCUUCGCCAACGUGAGUGCUUCGUUAUCGCGCCAAAACUACUGAGUUUUUCUUAAAACUAAAGUCAAAAGGAGCGUGUACAUCUGUUAAAGAAUGGCGUACAGAGGACAAGGACAGAAAGUGCAGAAGGUUAUGGUGCAGCCGAUUAAUCUUAUUUUCAGGUAUCUGCAGAAUCGAUCUCGUAUUCAGGUUUGGCUCUAUGAACAAGUAAACAUGAGAAUAGAAGGAUGCAUUAUUGGUUUUGAUGAGUAUAUGAAUUUGGUGCUGGAUGAUUCAGAGGAGGUUCACAUGAAAACCAAGAACAGGAAGCCUCUGGGCAGGAUCAUGUUGAAAGGAGAUAACAUCACGCUUCUGCAAAGUGUCACCACUUAAUCAUUUGGAUGAUUUAUUGUUUGAUUUGUUUGAUUUUUUUCAUUUGUACAUGAGCAGUGCUUAUCAUGAGUAAUGUUUUCUACUCAAACAACAUUAAAAUGUUUUUUCUUUA